GCAGCAAUAAACUGGAUAUCCGGUCUAGCCAGCCCUUCCCACAGCUUGUCCAUUUCCAGCCUUCGUCAUGCCAACCACAACCGCCGAGACGCUGUCGCUGGUGACACGCAACGUCUCGGUUGCGCCCCUCGUUCUGCUAUCGGUUGUGGACCACUACAACCGAACCGAAGCCUACAAGAGCAAGACGAAGCGGGUGGUUGGUGUGUUAUUAGGGCAGAAUGAUGGCAAGAACGUACGCGUGUCGAACAGCUUUGCAGUUCCCUUCGAGGAGGACGAGAGGGAUCCGUCCGUCUGGUUUCUCGAUCACAACUACGUCGAGUCGAUGAACGACAUGUUCAAAAAAGUCAAUGCUCGGGAGAAGUUAAUAGGGUGGUACCACUCGGGCCCUAAGCUGCGGGCCUCUGAUCUCGAGAUCAACGAGCUAUUCAAGCGCUACACACCCAACCCAUUGCUAGUUAUUAUUGAUGUCCAGCCGAAGGAGGCAGGCGUCCCUACAGAUGCAUAUUUUGCUGUGGAAGAAAUCAAGGAUGACGGAACCACGACAUCCAAGACCUUUGUCCAUACACCUUCGAUCAUUGAGGCUGAAGAAGCCGAAGAAAUUGGCGUCGAGCAUCUCCUACGCGACAUCCGCGACGUAGCCGCAGGCACGCUCUCCACCCGGAUCACCAACCAGCUACAGUCCUUGCAAGGCCUCCACCUCCGCCUCCGAGACAUUCAAGCGUACCUGCAAAAGGUUCUCGACGGUCAGCUCCCCGUCAACCACGCAAUCCUUGGCAAUCUCCAAGACGUUUUCAACCUUCUACCGAACCUGUCGACGCCCAAGUCUGGGCCGGGUGCCAACGGUGUCAAGGCAGACAGCGAGCUCAACUAUGCCAUGAGCGUCAAGACCAACGACCAGCUCAUGGCAAUCUACCUCAGCAGUCUUAUCCGCGCGAUUACGGCGUUCCACGAUCUCAUCGAGAACAAGAUCCAGAACCGACAACAGCAGGAGGAGAAGGACGCGGCCAAAAAGGAGGGCGAGAACGGUGCCAAGGAAGGAGAUAAGAAGGAAGGCAGCCCAGCCGUCAACGGCGAGUCCAAGGAGGGGAGCGGAGACAAGGAAAAAGAGGGGACCAAGGAAAAGAAGAAAUGAGCUAGGCGCGAGCGGAGUAGGAAUGAUUAUACGAGGGUCUCGUAGAUGUCUCGAGAGAAACUCCUUGGGCUGUGUUAAUGCAACGGCUAUUGCAUCGGUUACUGGGAGCAUUCUGAGCGACUGCUGGAAGAAUGGCCCGCUCGUGAUGGUCUACAUAGUAUAUUGCCAGGCUUCCAACUAUGAUGUGACCCUGAAUCACACACAAC